AUGCCAAGUCCCUCUCUCUCUUCGUCUCACUCCGAGUCCGGCGACAUCCCGAGUUCAAACCUCUCUUCGCAUUCAAUCGGCUCGCUGAUAACUGUUUGGCCGAAGAGAGUUGGUACCUACAUAACAAAAAAGACAGUUUCCUCAUCAAAAAAGUCAGAUUUAACCAAAGAGAGUCUUGAGGAAUUUAAUAGAAGAAAUGAAAUUUUGGAUAACAAGACAUCAUAUCCAAGGAGUCCUUAUUACAAGGGACUCACAGAUUCAUCCCUUGUUCUCAAUCAACAAAGACUAUCGGUGUCUAGUCCGGGGAGAGAAAGCAAUGCAGUCACUUCAAGCUCUAGAACAAGUGUCAUUGUUAAGAUGCAAGAAUGGGGUAGUUCUUUCUUUAUCUCUAAGACCAAGGAAGAAAAACACUUCACCAGUGCAAGUUCUGAUGGGAUUAGUAAAUGCUCUCAAGACACCAUGACUGCGAGAGCUAGAAGUUGCCCCAGAGUGGCAACAGAUAUGUAUUUGGAAAAGAAAGAUGUGAGCAGUGGUGCCAAGGAAAGCAAUACUACUGCUAUGUCAAAUGUAAGGAAGCCUUUGAGGGAGAGAGAAACAGAAACACCAUCACCAACACUACCAGCAGUUUCACAAACUGCAACAUUGCCACCACUACCACCAAAAACAUCACCAUCACCACCACCGCCUUCACGACCAUCACCACCACCUAGAAAAACAUCACCAACUGAGAAUGGAAGACAGUUUGUUUGGGCAGACAAAUAUCGGCCUGAAGCCCUAAAAGAUUUUCUCUGUCACCGUGAUAAAGCACUUGAGCUCCAGGCUCGGGCAAAAGCAGAAGAUUGUGGCAAUUUCAUAUUUGGAGGACCCGCUGGGGUGGGAAAGAGAACCAUGAUUUGGGCUAUGCUUCGCGAAGUAUUUGGAUCAGACAAUAUAGAGGUAAAAGAUACAAAUCUCAUGUAA